CCUUUUUUAAUCAAAUCGCCUUAAACGUGUCUCUCUCUUUGCCUUUGCCUUUGCCUUCUCCUUCCUUCCAUUUCACCCACCAACACACAGUGUCGUGAUUUUUGAAAAUGGCGAUGAUGUUGAGUGCUUCAUUUCACAGACCUACCUCUACAUGCUUAUCUCCUUUUAUUCCUCUUCCUGUUCCUGUUCCUGUUCCAGUAAUUACACCUUCCUCUGCUUCACUCUCACGCACCACAAGCAGAAGCAGCAGGAAUCGGGGUUUUCUUACAGCUUUUGCCCUCAAAACCCCCAUUCAAAUGGAAAUGGAAGAAGAAGAAGAGAUGGUGAAGGAGAGUGAAACUGUGGUAUACUCAUUCUCUCCUCUCCCUCUUCUUCUGCUUGCUGCCCUUCCUGGAGCUGGAACCGUAAGAUCGCUAUUUGGACCUUUCGUUGAGCUCGUGAAAUCUUUUGAUCUCCCAGGAUGGCUUGUCCAUUGGGGCCACCCCGGCAACAUGGCAGUCGUGCUCUUUGCCAUGGGCGGAUACGGGACUUAUUUAGGUUUUCGCAUUCGGUUCUCUGAUGAUGUGGAGGAGAAGGCGAUGGCGAAAGACUUGCAUCCUAAACUCCUAGCCGGGAUGUUCUUCUUCUUUGCGCUCGGAGCCACCGGAGGAGUAACCUCUCUUCUUACUUCCGAUAGGCCGAUUUUUGAAAGUCCUCAUGCCGUGACAGGGUUGAUCGGUCUAACCCUUUUGGCCAUACAAACAGCAUUGCCCACAUUAUUCGAGGGAAAUCCGGGGCUACGAAAUGUUCAUGGGAUCUUAGGGAGCGGGAUUAUGACAUUGUUUGUGGUACAUGCGGCACUUGGUCUUCAACUGGGUUUGAGCUACUGAUUUUAGAAGAUAAGCGGAGAUGGGGUUUCGACCCACUUCCUUCAUUACAUAUUCAUUCAUUCAGGUGUGUACAUCAAACAUCGAGUAUGCUCGUGAAAUGGCAACAAGAGACAUAAAUUCGUUGGAAUGCGACGAUAUUUUUUAAAGGGGCGGGUAUUAUGAUUAUGCUUAUAUAGUGUUUGAUAAAAUAUCUGAAAGUAAUAAAUCAUGAUGGUUUUGUU